AUGCCGAAUAGACAAGCUACAGACGCCAGCUUGAAGCCAUACUGCCUCCCAUCAGGCAUCAAGGCCGGGAGGAAUAAGGGGAGGCUGCGCAGCUUGCCAGCACUCCAAAUGGCCGCCAUUCGGCCAGCAGAGUCGACGACGACACACGUCGCCGAGGAUGAGCCCAAGAUGAAGCAGCAGAACCUGCUCUUGGUCCAACGCCGAAGACCCAUCUCCGACGCGGUGACGAAUCUGACAAAUCCAGUGACAAACACAUCUUCAGCAUCUCCACUCCCACCAUGGCAGCAGAAAGGCCAGGAUGAAAUCAUCCCCAAAUCCGCCAGGACUAGCCACCUCUGGCUCAAAAUAAGUUGUUCCAGCAAUGUCUUGUCACAGACUGAUGUUGAGAGUCCUGCCAUAUACCAGUUACGAAUUGAUACCCUGGAGAUUUGGGACUGUAGUGCUAGUGAGAAGGAACUGUCAAAGCUGCUCUCCUAUCUCCCAUAUCUGAGCAAGUUAGAAAUAUACAGUUGUGAGAAGAUAAAAAUGGUUGGUGUGGUGGAGCAGCAGAAAACAACUCAUAACAUGGGCUUUGGACAAACUGGACCGCAGCAGCAAGAGACAAGAGGAGAGGAGGAGAUAGCAACAGUAGCAGUAGGAGGAGAAGCACUUGUGCUCUUGCCUACCCAGCUGCAGGAAUUGAUGAUCCAAAAUUGCCCACAGUUGACCCUACUCUCCAGUUCGCUCAACCACGGCGGACAAGGAGGAGGAGGGCUCCAAGGCCUCCGCUCCCUCCGCAGAUUGGAUAUAAUUGGUUGCCCCAAGUUCCUCUCCUCUUAUUCGUUCUCUGGUUUUCCUCUCCCCACCUCUCUCCAAAUCCUAAAUCUCAGGGAUAUCGAGGGCAUUGUGACGCUGGAGCCCCUCUCAAAUCUCACGAUUCUGUACAUAUGUAACUGUGGGGAUCUAAAAGGCGAGGGUGUGUGGCCUCUUGCACAGUGUCGUCUCGCAGUUUUAUUCGUCUUGAAAACCCCCAAAUUCUUUGCCAGUUCCGAGCCCCAAAAUUCUCCCCUUUCCUGCAAAAUUGAGAUAACCACAGAUGACCACACAGGUUUCCUUGCUGCGCCCAUCUGCAGCCUCCUAUCCUCCUCCCUCACCAAAUUAUACUUGUAUUCAUAUGAAAAUGAUGAGGUGGAGCGCUUCAGUAAGGAGCAAGAGGAUGCUCUUCAGCUCCUCUCCUCCCUCCAGGAGCUCAGGUUUCAAUUCUUCUGCAAGCUGCAGUGCCUCCCAGCGGGGCUACACAGAAUUUCCAGCCUCAAGACAUUACGGAUUGAAUACUGUCAGGCCUUCCGGUCGCUGCCCAAGGACAGCCUUCCAUGUUCUCUACAAUAUUUAUAUAUCGCUCACUGUCCUGCCCUGAAAUCGCUCCCCAAGGACGGCCUCCCAAGUUCUCUACAAAGUCUACGGAUUUGGGACUGUCCUGCCCUGAAAUCGCUGCCUGAGGACAGCCUCCCAAGUUCACUGCGAAAGUUAGAUAUCCAGGUUGGCAACAGCAAGGAGCUGAUGUGGCAGUGCCGCAAGCUAAAAGGAACCAUUCCUAUAAUCGAAGACUAAUCCAAGAGCUCUUCUCUGGUUUGUAUAUUUCGCGAGACUCAUACUAGAAAUCAUCUCUGCAUCCAUGUGCAGUUUGAGUUUCCAGUGCAAGCAUGGAGACAUCAGUGGGUAUCUUCCAUCGUGUACAUAAUCUUGGUUAGUAGUUGCAUAAUCAUCCAACUCCGAUGGCUUCAUACACUAUUUAGAAAUUUAAUCCACGCGUAUUUUUCUCUGUUA